ACACACACUUUGCCAGACUUCCAGGAGUUGGAGAGACCGGCCAUAGACGGAACACCGACACAAGGUUUUUUUUUUUUUUUUUUUAAAAAGGAGAAAACCAUAUUCUCUUUCACGCAUGGAUCUGUUUUCUUCUCUGGAGGGAUUUCGAGGAGGUGCGAUGGUUUGCGCGGCCAGAAAUUCUUUUGAAGACUCGUACAGGAGAGAAAGAGCUCACGUCCUCUACGCUGCAAAGUUGUAAAAGUAGUUUCCCUUGAAGUUUUUUUUCCGCCACCAGUUCAGACUCCGUGUUUCUCCAGCCUGCGGGACCCACAGCCAUCAUGGCGAGGCGGACAGCGGGGAGAUCCGUGGCUUUGACGCCGAAUACGCGCGCCGCUUUCCGGCAUAAACACCUUCGGUUUAACAGGGGCUUGUUGGCUUUUUCGUGGAGCUUCGUUUUAAUCUGCUCGGCUCUUUCUUGUGGAUAUUGCGGAGCUGAGACGGAGUUUUCCAUCCUGGAAGAAGCGCAAGUUUUGGCCGAUCAAAUGAAAAAACUGUCCUCUCAGGAGCUGGGAGUUUUUACUAUGCAGAGGAUUUUCAACUCGUUUGUGUACACCGAGAAGACAUCAAACGGAGAGACAGAAGUGCAGCAGUUGGCCAAGAAGAUUCGGGAGAAGUUUAACCGCUACCUGGAUGUGGUGAACAGGAACAAACAGGUGGUGGAAGCCUCAUACACUGCCCACCUCACCUCUCCACUCACUGCGAUACAGGACUGUUGCUCCAUACCAGCAUCCAUGAUGGAGUUUGAUGGAAACUUCAAUACCAACGUCUCCAAGACCAUCUGCUGUGAUAGGCUUUCUCCCACCGUCAACAGCCGAGCUUUCAACCCCGGACGAGACCUCAACUCAGUGUUGGCAGACAACCUCAAGUCCAACCCGGGGAUUAAGUGGCAGUACUUCAGCUCGGAGGAGGGAAUCUUCACUGUCUUCCCUGCCCACAAGUUCCACUGUAAAGGAAGCUACGAGCACCGCAGCAGGCCCGUGUACGUGUCUGCAGUGCGUCCCCAGUCUAAACACAUCGUGGUGAUGGUCGACCACGGCGCGUCUGUGACUGACACCCAACUUCAGAUCGCCAGGGACUCUGCACUUGUCAUCCUCAACGCCAUAGAUGAACAUGACAAGAUCUCCAUCCUGUCAGUGGCAGAGACAGUUCGUUCCUGUUCUCUGGACCAGUGCUAUAAGAGCCUGCUGUCUCCAGCCACCAGCGAGACCAAGAGGAAGAUGAGCACCUUCAUCUCCAACAUUAAGGCUUCAGAUGGAGCCACUCAGCAUGCAGUGGGCUUCCAGAAGGCCUUCCAGCUGCUCCGAAACACCACCAGCCUCAGCAAGCAGAGUACCACGACAGACAUGGUGAUCAUCUACCUGUCGUCUGGUAUCACGUCUCGGGAGUCGUCAGAGCAGGAGAAGAGAGCGACGCUCAGUGUGGUCAGAGAGGAGAACCGACACCUCAACAACUCAGUCAUGAUCCUCACCUAUGCUCUCAUGAACGAGGGAGUAACAGGCCUGAAGGAGCUGGCCUUCCUCAGGGACCUCGCGGAGCAGAAUUCGGUGAAGUACGGCGUCGACAGGACAGCGGACCGAGACCGCUCCUCUGUGGCGUUGUCGUCCGGCUCGGCGGGAGCUUCAAUGAUGCCGGUGGUGAAGGGAAGCAUGAUGGUGCUGAACCAGCUGAGCAACCUGGAGACAACAGUGGGCCGCUUCUACAUCAACCUGCCCAACCGCAUGAUUGACCUGGCCCGCUUUAGCCUGCCCUACUCUGACCCCAUGGGAGAUGGAUUUAUUAUGACAGUGAGCCGGCCAUGUUACUUUGGUAACCUGCUCCUGGGCGUGGUCGGUGUGGACGUGAACCUGGCCUACAUCUUAGAGGACGUCACCUACUACCAAGACUCGCUGGCUUCGUACACCUUCCUCAUUGACAACAAAGGUUACACCCUGAUGCACCCAUCACUGACACGGCCCUACCUUAUGACGGAGCCUCCCCUGCACACAGACAUUAUCCACUACGAGAAUAUCCCAGGAUUCCCUGCUGUCCGACAGAACAUCCUCAGCCUCCCUCUGGGCAGUCAGGUCAUUGCUGUUCCAGUCAACUCCUCCCUGUCCUGGCACACCAACCGACUCAGGGACAACAGCAAAGAUGCAUACAACGUCAGCUACGCCUGGAAACUGGUUCAGGACACGUCGUUCAUCCUGUGCAUUGUGUACGUGCAGCCUGAGAUCCCAGUGAAGCAGUUGAAGAACCUGAACACAGCUCCCAGUUCAAAGCUGCUCUACCAUCGUUUGGACCUGCUGGGUCAACCCAGCUCCUGCCUGCACUUCAAACAGCUCGCCACUGUCGAGUCCCCCACAGUGAUGUUGGCAGCUGGUAGUUUCUCCUCACCCUAUGAGCACCUCAGUCAGCCAGAAACAAAGCGUAUGGUGGAGCACUACACUGCCUACCUGAGUGAUAACACCAGGCUCAUAGCCAACCCAGGCCUCAAGUCUUCUGUCAGGAACGAGGUUAUGGCGACCAGUCACGUCACGGAUGAGUGGAUGACACUAAUGGAAAUGAGUAGCCUCAACUGCUACAUUGUGCGCCGUUACAUAGCAACCCCCAGUGGGGUGCUCCGGAUUUACCCAGGAUCACUGAUGGACAAAGCCUUCGACCCGACCCGCAGACAAUGGUACCAGCACGCUGUGGCUAACCCCGGCCUCAUCACUUUCACGGGGCCGUACCUGGAUGUGGGCGGGGCGGGAUACGUUGUCACGAUCAGCCACACCAUCCAUGCCUCGAGCUCUCAGAUGGCUCCUGGUUAUGCAGUUGCAGUCAUGGGUAUAGACUUCACCCUUAGAUAUUUCUACAAAGUCUUGCUCGACCUGCUGCCCAUCUGCAACCAGGACAAAGGCAACAAGAUCAGGUGCUUCAUAAUGGAGGACAGAGGGUACCUGGUAGCACACCCCACUCUCAUUGACCCCAAAGGUCACGCCCCUGCAGAGCAACAGCACAUCACACACAAGGAGCCGCUGGUGGCUAACGACAUCCUCAACCAUCCCAAUUUUGUCAAGAAGAACCUGUGCAACAGUUUCAGUGACCGCACCGUGCAGCGCUUCUACAAGUUCAACACCAGCAUAGUGGGGGACCUCACCAACCUGGUCCACGGCAGCCACUGUUCUAAGUACCGACUGACCAGGAUCCCUGGUACCAACGCCUUUGCUGGUAUUGUCAACGAGACAUGCGACUCUCUGGCAUUCUGCGCCUGCAGCACCGUGGACCGGCUCUGCCUCAACUGCCACAGAAUGGAGCAGAAUGAGUGUGAGUGUCCGUGUGAGUGCCCUCUAGAGGUCAAUGAGUGCACAGGCAACCUCACCAAUGCUGAAAACAGGAACCCCAGCUGUGAGGUGCAUCAGGAGCCAGUCAGUCUGAACGUGAUUGAUCCCAGCCUGCAUGAUACCCUGCCCCAGUGCAUCAACACCCGCUGUAGCCAGAGAUACACCAGCAGUGACUGUUUUGGAGUGUUGGACUGUGAGUGGUGCAUGGUGGACAGCGAUGGUAAGACUCAUCUGGACAAGCCGUACUGUGCCCUGCAGAAGGAGUGUUUUGGAGGAAUUGUCGGUGCCAAGAGUCCCUACGCAGAUGGCCUUGGGCUCCUAGAUGAGGAGGUGGCAUCUCUGAACAUGAUCAAGAGCGCCCCCGUGGGUCCAGUUGCCGGGGGCAUUAUGGGAUGUAUCAUGGUGCUGGUGCUGGCUGUGUAUGCAUACAGACACCAGAUCCACAGGCGGUCACACCAGCACAUGUCACCACUGGCAGCACAGGAAAUGUCAGUGAGAAUGUCUAACCUGGAUAAUGAAAGAGAUGAGAGGGACGAAGACAGCCACGAGGACAGAGGAAUCAUCAGUAAUACCAGAUUUAUAGCUGCGGUGAUCGAAAGACACACGCACACUCCUGAACGGAGACGGCGGUACUGGGGACGAUCUGGGACAGAGAGUGACCACGGUUACAGCACCAUGAGUCCGCAGGAGGACAGUGAAAAUCCACCUGGAAACAAUGAUCCGCUCUCAGCUGGCGUCGAUGUUGGUAACCACGAUGAUGACCUGGACCUGGACACUCCUCCCCAGACGGCUGCAUUGCUCAGCCACAAGUUCCACCCCUACCGGCACACGCACACACACCACCACCCACUGCACACGCACCACCUGCAGGCCGCGGUCACCGUGCACAGUGUGGAUGCAGAGUGCUGAUCCUCAGAGUGGCAUUACCCUUCCUGCCAGAAUUUUUUUUAUAAAAGACUUAUUUUUUUAAAAAAACGUGUGCUUCACAGUGGGUAAUGUAAGGAUGGGUGGAGGGAGAGAAACUCCGCAGCUGGACUCAAAACCCAUACUGCCGCUGAGCCGCUGGGACCUCCACCAUGAAUGGAUCUUUUAAUAUGAGUAUUAGCCUCAUAGUCUCAUUGUGCCAACAUCGCCAUCUCAGCCCUUUCUUCGCUGUUCCCAGUCUAAAAUGUGGGAGGUUUUACAAACACACCAGACCUGGGCCAGUAGAAAUAACCAAUCUGGAUCUUUUGUUUGUUUUCUGAUGAUUUGGCAUUCAGGACUCCAUAAGUGCAUACAACAACCUUUGGGAGCAAACACAACAAUUUGAUCUCAUUCAUUGGCCUUCAAUGAGGAGAGGACACAACUGGAACCUAAAAGCCUUGAGAGGGGACAAACUUCUUCAUUUUCACACCGAAGGCCAGAGCAAACACUUAACUGGAACAGUGGAUACUCAAAUUAAAUCAAGAGUCUGAUGUGGACCCUUUUGUGCAAGGGUUCCAUCCCAGCCUCCACACAGUUUGUUUCCACACAAAGCCCACUUGUAGUGAGGAGAACAGAACUGUUCUUACAUUUGUGAAAACUGCUGGACGUCUCUGAAGAGUGAAAAUAUCAACUUUCCAACGCUUAUCUGGAUCUAAUAUGGGAAUAUAUAAUGGAUUCUGUAACAGCUUUACUCUCCUUGGUUCUGCAGAUAAACACUCCUAAGUUUUUGCCUUCAUCCAGAGGAGUAGCUGCAGAGUUUACGCAAAAUGUUUUGGGAAGAUAUUUGGACAUUUUCAUGAAUGCCUGUGAAUGUUAAAGUAGGAAAAAUCCUCAAUGAUCCUCAUAAAGACAGGAAGAAACACUUAAAAGAGGAAAAUAUUAUUUUUCUACUAUUUAUUAAAGAGGUAGAUUUUCAGGACAGAUAAGCAAGCAGCUAACGCUAACACAACAGUCAAGAUAAGUAAUACAUAGCUACCCACUUCCUGUAACCAGCGCAUCAUAUUUAAGGCUCAUUAUUUUCAGUUUCUAAUUCUCUAAAAAAAAAAUGUUGGAUUUCUUUGGUUUAUUGCAACAUUGAGUGACUUUGGUACAUAAUUUGUGGCUCAUCUGCAUUUUCCUUCCAUUUUUCUUUCCACCCUUGAUUACCAGAAGCAUCCUCUCCACUGGAGAAUGUUUACUGUAUAGUGUAGUAAAAAGUGUCCUCUUAAAGAAACAUUUUUGAAUGAGCAUGGACCUAAAAUCUGAGUCAAAAUCAGUUCUGCUGCUUUCAAAAAAAAAAGAAAGAAAGGGAAAACUCCAGGUAUUUUUUAGUGAAUGUUGAUUGAAGAUCAUGAGCCUUAACCACAUCCUGUGUCAUUUAGGAGGAAGCUGUCUUUGAGAUGUAGCUCAUUUUUACCGUCUGUUUUCUCACAGUUUUGAAUCACUGAGAUGUUUUUGUGGUCUUGUAAAGUAAGAUCUGCUGUGCCGAACAAGUUGACAAGCAUCCUCAUUCUGGACAUGUCCUCUGUAUCAGGAGGCACUGGAUGCUGGCUGGCCUUUUUAAGCCUCCUGGGGUUGGAAGGAAGGAAGAGAGAAACUAACACCAGCAAAACAUUCCUGGCUUUAGUCACUGCUGGGGAUUUAGUGUGUGAGGAUAACUGGGGACCAUCACAGAGGUCCUGAGAGAAGAUUGAGUGCUGUUCUCUCUAACUGCCUGAGUAGAAAAACCAGUACAAAAUGUUGUGUUUUUUUCCCCCACAUUAUUUUACCACAAAUUUUUGCCUCUGAGGCCAAGCUGAUAUUGUAUGUAUGUGUGUUAAAGGUUGUGUGCUGGAUUUUGUGCAAAACAAGUUCAGUUUCCAUUAAUGCCCGAGAUGGAGUCUUCUUCUCAUCAAAGUGAGUGAGAGAGGGAGAGAUGCUGCUGUUGUUGUACAGAGGUUACACCCAUCUGUCGGCUCCUCUGUGGUUAACCACUCAAAAUGUCUUUUCUACACAUCUCUGGUUUAACUGUUGUGUGUGUACAAGUGUAUGUGUGUGUAUAUGUAUGCGUGUGUGUAUGUGAGAGGAAAGAAUGACUGUCCGCCUGGAACAUUUUCACGCAUUAUUGUAUUUUUUUCAAGAUAGUAUUAGAGAAUUAUAGGUGAAAUUAUUAUGAUUGAGAAAUCCACUUAUUUUUAUUCUGAUGAAGAGUCACUUGACCCGAUCUGUGCUUCGUGGGUUUGAUUGUUCAACUGGUCAAAUCAUAGUCAGCGGGCAUCCAUUUAUUUCUGGAUGCCAAAAUGUCUAUUGUUCUUCAGAGAUUCAUUAUGAAGUGUAAAUACAGAAUCACAAAUAGCUAUUAAUGUCCUGUACACUCCAUUUUUUUUAUGUUGGUAAGACAUAAUGUAUGCUUCAAAUGAUGCUCAGAUAUUCGGGUUGAUAUUUUGAAUUGUCUGUUCAUGGUGUCUCACUAUAUUUUUGAUGCCUUGGAUGUUUUUUUAGAUUUAUUUUUCUUUAGGUCCAUAUUGGAUGGAAGUCAGUACUUGGAAAAAAUUAUACACACUUUUAUGUUUUGAAAGACUUCUAGUUUUUAAAGUUUUAUUGUGUGUCUUCAAAAUGUUAAAGAAAGCUUAUCUCUACAUGAACUAAUUUAGAGUUGCAAAAUAACGGUACAACAUCUUUUUUUCACUGAGUAGUGGGCAAAACAACAACCUUGUAGUGGAUUCAGGAUUUACAGGAGACUGCUGGAAGCUGUGCUGUGUAUCUGUUGCUACUGAAGACUGUCAGCCAUUUUCAUUUACAAUAAUUUUAGUGUGUGUAUCACUUUAGUAGAAUAUUUACAUUUGCACACUCAAUGUGAGCUCAUUAAACUUCCAGCAGAAAAUGUAAGAGAGCAGUGAGAUCGAAAUGUAACAUGCAUACUGGAAAAAUCUUCAAAAUCUGCAAAGUACUACUGUUAUUGAACUCAUUGGAUGUGUAGUGAAUUAAAUAUUCCACUUGAAUUACAAAAAGGUUCAUCACCAAAGUUAAAAUUUUCCCGUUUCCACCAUGUAAUGUGGUACAUAAUUUCAGUUCAGUGUGAUGUCGAUGCAGUCUUGUAGCAUUUCAUGGCAAUCUUUAGAUCAAAUGCAGUCGUGGGAGUAUCUUCUGAUAUGUGUGUAUGUUGGGGCAAUUUUUUUUUCUCCAAAAUGGUUUGAUGUUUAAGACAUUUUUCUCUGGAGAGCUUUUAAACAGUAUUUACCAGCCGUUGUAAACAAGUAUAUGUGUGUGUCUAUACAGAACACUCUGAAUUGCAUUAAGUAAUGUACUGAAGGAACAUGUGUACAUCACCCCCCUCAUGUAUCAUAUAAAGUUAUCAAAUUGAGAUUUAUUGCAAUGUGAAUGUGAUAAAGUCCAUUUUACACUUAA